AUGACGGCAGUUGCUCAGCCGCUCACUUCCUUCCAGCCCAGCACCCGCAUAGGAUGGACCACUAGCGGUAACGGCUUUGGCGCGAUGAACUCGGAUGAGGUCAGCAGAAUGUUUACCCCCGGACCUCGGAAGACUGCCCAGCGGCAGAACUCGUCCUCGUCAAUCUCCUCCACCGCUUCUUCGACCAGCACGAUCUCUGCAACUUCGCAGCAAGGACAGACCAAUGGCGCCGUGCAGCCCCCAGCAAGCGCAGAGGCAGGCAGCUGGGCGGCGAGAAAGAAGCCGGCACGUGGACUAUGGCCGCCUGGUAAAGCUGAGCCCGCGACUGGAAUCUCUACGGCGCGGCCGCAGAUCAUAAACUCGGCGACGUCAGGACACACGGCUUCGUCAGCCAUAUCCGCUUUACAUGCACCAAUGCUGCCCUCGCAGCAGUUGGCAAACGGCAAUGGUCAAGCGAAUGGGAUUCUCCGGGAGCAGCCACAAGCAAUGCCGCAGGCAAUCCUACAUCUUAUUCCCAUGAACGGCACUUUCGAGCGCAAGACCAUCACCGUCCCUUACGCACCAGAUGUUUUGCGGAUUGGACGGCAGACUAAUCAGAAAACGGUACCUACUCCAUUGAAUGGAUACUUCGAUUCCAAGGUUCUUUCGAGACAGCACGCAGAGAUCUAUGCCGACAGACAAGGUCGUAUCUUUAUCCGAGAUGUGAAAUCCAGCAAUGGCACUUUCGUGAACGGCAUGCGCUUGAGCCAGGAAAAUAAGGAGUCCGAGCCUCGCGAGCUGAGAGAACAGGAUGUUUUGGAGCUAGGCAUUGAUAUUGUAUCAGAAGAUCAGAAGACGGUUGUACAUCACAAGGUGGCUGCGAAGGUGGAACAUGCUGGCGUGUAUGGCCAAGGAAAUGAUGCGUUGAACUUUGGCGACCUUGACCCGAGCGCCGGACCUGGUUUAAUGCCCAAUCCACACCAACUCAAGCGAACCGGAAGUCAAGGUUCUAUCAAUAGCCGAGCUUCUAACCCUGCAGUCAGUCAAGCUGCGAUGGGUAUUGGCGGUCUCACUCAGCCGCAGCACAUGAGGAGUUGGCUCAAUCCGAUUACGACAGAGCACAUUGUGAGGAAAUUGAACGUAAGCAGAACGGCUGGCGCGGAGUCUAGAUCACGCUGACCAUUUCCAGCACGAAAUGAAACUCGCGGCGCAGCAGUCUCAAGAGAUCGCGCGGGCACGACAAGCCAUCGAGCAUAUGCUCGGCAGCAGAGCCGAUCCUCCCCCGCCACUUCCCGAGAAGAAGUCGAGUUCGGAAAAGUCGAGGCCGUCACCUACUAAAUCGAAACUGGAUCUCAUGGCACAUUUCUCGGAACCUCCAGCACCGCCUCCUCAGGCACCUUUACCGGAAAAGCCAGACGUCGCACGUGCUCUUGCAGAUCCUAUCAUCCAGCCCCUACUCCGCCGAAGCGAUACCGCAAGAACGCACUCCGGCAGUGGCUCCCCCACACGGAACGACCAUUCGGGCGACAUCUUGCGACUCUGCGAAGAGUUAAAGCUUGCUAAGGGAGAGCUGAGCAACCAAAGCGAACGGAUGAAGAACCUCGAGAAUCAGCUCGCCCAAGAGCGCACUGCUAGGGAGAGUGCCGAGGAGAGAGCUCAGAGGUUAGAGCAGCCCAGGGAUUCUCCCACAAAUGAUGGCCAUCCGAGCGCCGAUGAUAGCUCGAUCUCUCGCGAGGUUAGCAAUCGUAAUCCGGAUUCAGCCUUACAAGAACAGCUUGAUCGCUUGACGCGAUCCAUGGACGAAAUGAAGCACCAGAUGGAGCAAUAUCGCCAACGUGCAGAAAGUGCUGAAGCUGAAAGAGACGAAGCCCGCCAGACUCUCGCCGAAAUGGUGGAACAGAAGCGCAAGGAGAACCUGGAGGAAUCCAACAAGAGUAGCAAGUCACCCGCCAGCUCUCCCCGGUCACUGUGGAUAUCAUCGCCUCGUCAAGAGCCCCAAUCUGCGGAGCCAAAUGGUCACGCAUUAGCGCCAGUGCGUGUCGGAAGCCCAACUUCCAUCGAAUUGCUGGAGCGAGCUGGAGUCGAAGAAGGGAAGCCCAUAACACCGGCUCAGGUGGAAAGACUGCAACAAUUUCUGACACAGGAGGUCUUGGAAAUUCCGAAUAGGCCCAACGGGCCUGGACAUAUUGUUGCUCCUCUCACUAGUUUUACUGCGGUGGUCCUCCUUGGCUGGAUUGCGAUGCAAUACAUGAACAGCUGGCCGAAAGUCGUGGAUCGAUGA